AUGCCCCCAAAAAAGACCACAAAUCAGAAAGCUGCCGCUAGGGUACCCCGAAAACGACCAGCAACUACCGAUCCUUACGAAAUCCCAGAAGAAGACGAAAUUGAGCCACCGAAACGACGACGUCAUGCCGCCACAGCAGCCGCUGACACAGACGAUGCCACCGUCAGUACGCCCUCAGCCUCGAGGCUGAAGAAAACAGUAGCGACACCAAUAAAACUCAAUGGUCUCAACGGGAUAGACACACCAAGCAGGAAGAAUAACGCAGACAGAUCCGCCAGACGGAAAAGCGCCAGGGCCCUCGUCGACCGUGUGAUAAGCGGCGCCAUCAGCGACGAUGAAGCCGAAGAAGGGGACAUAGCAAGAGAAAUCUACGAAUCCAGCGAAGACGAAGAAGACGAAGAAGACGAAGAAGGAGAAGAAGAGAAUCUAAACGGAGAAACCGAACCGACAACAACACCCUCCAAAUUCGCCCCCGGCCGAAAACGCAAAACCACCACAACCAGAACCCGAAAACGCUCCCCCACACCCCCCCGCGAUCUCCCCCCUCACGAGCAAUACUUCUUCCAAAACAAACCCGGGCUUUCCAAAACCUCCAACAACACCCUGUCCUCCCUCCAACUCCUCACCCACGACGAAUACUUCUCCCUCUCCCGCGACCUCUCGUCCGCCAACCCCCACAAAACCGACAUCACCCACCUCGCCUCCCUCCACGUAUCCUCCUUCCCCCAAUGGGCCUUUGAACUCUCCCAGUCCUUCUCCCUCUGCCUCUACGGCUACGGCUCCAAACGUCAAAUCCUCCACAAAUUCGCUACAUACCUCUCCUCACACCCCCCUUGCUCCUUGGGUCAAGCCAACAAAAUCGUCAUAAUAAACGGGUACACCCCCUCCAUCACCAUCAGAGAACUCCUCUGCUCCCUCGCCUCAGCAGUAUCCUCCCCAACAACCACCCUCCCGGGUAUCCUCUCCUAUCUAACAACCCACCCAAACACAACCUUGACCAUCCUCCUAAACUCUGUCUCCUCCCCCCAUCUCCGCAAGGGGUCCUUUCAGUCGAUAAUCUCCACCCUUGCCUCUCACGCACAAGUCUACCUCUGCUGCACAACCGACUCCCCUGAUUUUGCCCUACUAUGGGACUCGGCAGUCGGCACAAACUUUCGGUUUCUCUACCAUGACUGCACCACUUUUUGUUCGUACUCCCCCUCUGAAAUGGAGGUUGUCGACUCGGUGCAUGAACUCUUGGGUCGGAAGACUCGACGGGUGGGGGGGAAGGAGGGAGUGGCGUUUGUGUUGAGGUCGCUGCCGGAGAAUGCAAAGAGCUUGUUUAGACUGCUGGUUGGGGAGGUUUUAUGUGCGGAUGAGGGUGAUGGUCAGGGUCAGGGGCAAGGAGAGGAGAUCAGUGUGGAGUAUAGGAUGGUGUAUAACAAGGCGGUGGAGGAGUUUAUCUGUAGUAGUGAGAUGGCGUUUAGGACGUUGUUGAAGGAGUUUCACGAUCAUCAGAUUAUUACUAGUCACAAGGACGCGUUGGGGACGGAGCUGUUGAGUUUGCCGUUUGGGAAGGAGGAGUUGGAGGGGAUAUUGGAGGAGUUGACGACUUGA